UAGGGAACGACAUGUUCACCGUCCUUGAUGUGCCAACUUGGCUCACAAUCGAGAAGAAGGCCGGCUCGGAUGUCGUACCUUGUUUGAUCGUAUGUCGCAAAGGUGAAUUCAUUAUUUGAGGAUGAAUGUUCGCAAUAACUAACCUGCCGACUUUGCAAUCAGCUCGGCGUCGAGCCUUGCGGCUUUUGUGGAAUGGAUGGGUGUGUUGUUCAGCUAACCAAAAAGAACAACAGUGUUUCAGUUGCUUGCAGCUGUCCAUACCACUACACGUCGAUGAGCUACGGCGCAGCCAAGACAGUAAGCAAGGCCACUCCGUGUACAAAUGUGCCGAUCUACUGUCCUUUGUGCCCGAUUGGUCCGUCAGGGCAGCCGCGCACUAUCUGGAAGUACAACGUGCUAUUCCAUCUUGCGAAGGAGCAUUGUACCGACAACGACGAGUUACCUCCUAUCCCGCUGCAGCUGGCAAUCGACAUGCACAUAUCGAUCGAGGAGGAGAGCUUGAUGCGAGUCGCAAAAGAUGUCACGGAGGACUGGCGGAAGCAGCAUGCCAUUCCGGGGAGCGACGAGAUAGAGGAAUAUCGCGAAGAGUUGAAGGCGAGUCAGACAAAGGGUAAAAAGCGUUUGCGAUCGCAGUCAACAGCUGUAGUCGAACGAGGAGGACCUAAGCCGCGCCAACGCUAGGAUCGCCUGCAUGUACUUACUCGUAGUGGACUGUUAUCUAAUCUAGCGUCUUAUCGGA